CACGCGAGUCAGAUACUUAGAGGAGGGCUGUGGCAGAUCCGAGUAUAGACCAGGUCAUCCCCAGCUAUGGCUCGGCAUUCCCAAGCUAAGCAUGUUUGGGCUACACUGAUCUUUGCAUGGUAGAUCUCCAAGCAGGACCCUGGUGGCACAUGAAGUGACACUGGACUGUCUCCUUCUGCUGCCGCCCAAGGGAGACUCGCCCAAUCGACCCGCCUGGCCACUCCGGCGUCUCAAGCCUGGAUUAAGCGAAUGGGUCGCGGUUCAGUGCCCUCGAUCGGCCGCCGUUGGAAAGCUGCGUCCUCCUUGCCCGCCGAAGAGUCCCACCGCUACCCCCUUGCCUGAGGAGACAGGGAGGGGCCCUGCGUGCUCAUCCAGGAAGACCUGCCCUCCACACACACCCCCAUCAAAGGCGGUUCCCAUCCUCUUCUUCCUCGCGCCAGUCAGAUCUGAAGGCGGGGCGUCAACAAGGGCAGAGCCAUGGAUGAGGGGUUCAGGGACCGCACGGCCUUCAUCCGGGGGGCGAAGGACAUUGCCAAGGAGGUGAAGAAGCAUGCCACUAAGAAGGUGGGCAAGGGCGUGGACCGCGUGCAGGAUGAAUACACCAAGCGCUCCUACUCCCGCUUCGAGGAGGAUGACGACGAGGAGGAUUACCAGCCCCAGGACGGUUACUACCGUGGCGAGUCAGCCAACGACGAGGAAGGGGCCUCCAGCGACGCCACCGAAGGGCACGACGAGGACGACGAGAUCUACGAGGGCGAGUACCAGGGCAUCCCCCGCAAUGACUCCCUGAAGGCCGGGGACCACCUGGCCGACAACCAGCAGGUGGUAAGCGAGUUCAGAGACUUCGAGGAUCUGGAAGGGGACAAGAAGAAGGACAAGGAGGAGCUGGCCCAGCAGUACGAGCUCAUCUUGCAGGAGUGCGGCCACGGGCGCUUCCAGUGGACGCUCUACUUUGUGCUAGGGUUGGCCCUCAUGGCCGAUGGCGUGGAGGUCUUCGUGGUGGGUUUUGUCCUCCCCAGUGCCGAGAAGGACAUGUGCUUGUCCGACUCCAACAAAGGCAUGCUGGGCCUCAUCGUCUACCUGGGCAUGAUGGUGGGAGCGUUCCUGUGGGGCGGCCUGGCGGAUCGGAUCGGCAGGAAGCAGUGCCUCCUUAUCUCCCUCUCGGUCAACAGUGUCUUCGCCUUCUUCUCCUCUUUCGUGCAAGGUUACGGCACCUUCCUCUUCUGCAGGCUGCUCUCCGGAGUGGGCAUCGGGGGCUCAAUCCCCAUUGUCUUCUCCUACUUCUCAGAGUUCCUAGCUCAGGAGAAGCGAGGUGAGCACCUGAGCUGGCUCUGCAUGUUCUGGAUGAUCGGGGGCAUCUACGCAUCAGCCAUGGCUUGGGCCAUCAUCCCGCACUACGGCUGGAGUUUCCAGAUGGGAUCCGCGUACCAGUUCCACAGCUGGAGGGUCUUUGUCCUGGUCUGCGCCUUCCCCUCCGUCUUUGCCAUCGGCGCUCUCACCACCAUGCCCGAGAGCCCACGCUUCUUCCUGGAGAACGGGAAGCACGACGAGGCCUGGAUGGUGCUGAAGCAGGUUCACGACACCAACAUGCGAGCCAAGGGCCACCCCGAGAGGGUGUUUUCGGUCACCCACAUCAAAACCAUCAAGCAGGAGGACGAGCUGAUUGAGAUCCAGCUGGACACCGGCACCUGGUACCGGCGCUGGAUGGUUCGGAUCCUGAACCUCUUGCAGCAGGUCUGGAGCAACUUCCUGCAGUGCUUUGCCCCCGAGUACCGGCGCGUCACGCUCAUGAUGAUGGCUGUGUGGUUCACCAUGUCCUUCAGUUACUACGGCUUGACCGUCUGGUUCCCAGACAUGAUCAAGCAUUUACAGAACAUCGAAUAUGCCUCCCGCACCAAGCUCUUCACCCAUGAGAAGGUGGAGCACUUCACCUUCAACUUCACCCUGGAGAACCAGAUCCACCGCAGCGGUGAAUACUACAACGACAAGUUCAUCGGCCUCAAGCUGAAAUCCGUCUCCUUUGAGGACUCCCUGUUUGAGGAGUGCUACUUCGAAGACAUCACCUCCAGCAACACCUUCUUCAAGAACUGCUCCUUCUUCUCCACUGUCUUCUACAACACAGACCUGUUCGAGUACAAAUUCAUCAACUCCAAAAUGGUCAACAGCAGCUUCCUGCACAACAAAGAAGGCUGCCAGCUGGACUUCAGCGAUGACAACAACGCCUACAUGAUCUACUUCGUCAGCUUCCUGGGCACCCUGGCCGUGCUGCCGGGGAACAUUGUCUCGGCCCUGCUCAUGGACAAGAUCGGGCGCCUCCGGAUGCUGGCCGGCUCCAGCGUGAUGUCGUGCGUCAGCUGCUUCUUCCUGUCGUUCGGGAACAGCGAGUCAGCCAUGAUCGCCCUGCUCUGCCUUUUCGGGGGGGUCAGCAUCGCCUCCUGGAACGCCUUGGACGUGCUGACGGUGGAGCUUUACCCCUCGGACAAAAGGACGACAGCCUUCGGCUUCCUCAACGCCCUCUGCAAGCUGGCGGCCGUCCUGGGCAUCAGCAUCUUCACCUCCUUCGUCGGCAUCACGAAAGCCGUGCCCAUCUUGCUGGCCUCGACAGCGCUGGCUGUGGGCAGCUCGCUAGCGUUGAGGCUGCCGGAGACGCGCGGGCAGGUGUUGCAGUGAGUGGGGGGGUGUGUGCCCCCCCCCAGAUUUCCUCCCUCCCCCAGGAGAUUCAAGUUGUUAGACACUGUGAAAUGUCUUAUUUUCUGAUUUUGAUUAUUUUAUUUUUUCGCUCCCCUUCCCCCAACCGCUCUUUCCUUCCUACCCUUCCCCCUCUUUUUUCGGUGUCAGAACAUGUGUGAGAAUCGGCUCAUUCGUUGCAGCAGUUGGGGGGGGGGAGAAAACUGGACUGAGAAGGAGGGGGGAAGAACCUCUUUGCACUAAAUUCAGGCUGGAAAUGGCCCAGCCUCGGCAGUGUGAAUGGAUUAACUGGGCAGCUCCUGAUCAGAGCUGGACGCUAGGGGCUAGGGCCAGCUCCUCAAAGGGGACAUCUAAUGUCUAGGCGCCCUGCCAUGCGGCAGAAACCCGAAAUCCCUUUGUGGCGCUCACCCUAGGGUGUGCGCUGGUGAACACGUGCUCCAUUUAAUUUCACACACGUGGGUGUAAACUAGUAGUACGUGCAACGUGUGCGCACGGAUCUUGGCUGUGUAAUAGUCUCCGAAGCCUCGUUUAUUUUUUUCAUCAGCCACCUGUGGUGUGUGGCGAGCAACGCAACCUCCCUCCCCCACCACUGCUUUUUCGGGGCCCUUUGAGUCAUAUGUAACGUAGCGUCGAUUUCAGGUGUUAACAAAGCUUCCGUUUCAGGCUUCUCAGCCAGGUUUGCAGGAGCAAAUCGGCAGAGCUAAGUUGUUCCUCUGUGUCACGUGACCCGAAUUUGAAAUCCUGAUCUGCACGCGUCCUCGCAUCGUGUCGCGCUGGUGUCACAAAUCGCUGGCCAAGCCGCGCCAGACGCCGCUGGCAUCCACCCCUGUAGACUCUAGUGGUCUCGGACAUUCAUACAUUUUGCAGGCAGCAGGUCUAGGAUCUCAUUGGCAUGGCAGAGGCUGUAUCAGAGCAGCGGUUCCAUCCUCGGCUCUGGUGGGUGCCUGGUCCUAAUGUGCCGAGCGCCUCAGUUUCCCCAUCUGUAAGACAGGGAUCAUGAUACUUGCCUCCGUCUGUGGAGUGCUUUGGAGGAAAGGUGAUGUAUGUGCGGGCAAAGGAGCAUUAUUUUUUCUCCCUUGGACCAACAUCCGCUCACAAAUCCCUCUGUAACCGGACCGAAUUUCACGCACUAAUCCAGGGAGAUUCCCCUCCUCCAAUUAGCCAUUUCAGCUGAACAAUACAGCGAUGCUCUGUUUCUUUUAUUAUUGUUUAUUCAGGGAUUUAAACAUUGUUUCUUCUGUUUGGGGGGAGAAAAAUCUGACUUUGAAGCUUAGGGAUUGUGCUUUUGGUUGCUGGUUUUUUUUUUAAUUCUCCCCAAGUCCCUCCCCACAAAGGCCAUCCAGAAACACAGCCCGGGGGAGGGUGGGGGGCAGGGUGUGAUAGUAGAUCAGGACUCCAUUGCGCCAGGCCAGCAGCCCAGCUGGCCUGAGAGCGCCGCUAACCUCGGUCUUGUCUGUGGGUUGCUGGUCAUUCCAAUUAGGCGUUUCGUGUAUUUAACUCUGUCGCCCUCUGUCUCUCCGCCCUCGCCCGGCUCCUUGGUUGACCCUAAGGUCUAAGCUACACUUAGCUCAACCCAGCUAUGUUGCUCCCAAAGGGGGAGUAAGAUCCUUGAAAAUCUAUUGCCUGGGACGCUCUCCAGAGGGAACUCCCCAGCGGUGGCGGGCAGCUAAAUCUAGGGGAGGGCAGAUCAGAACUCAGCACAUAAGGCCCAAUCGUGCCUCACGAAUGGGCUCUCCCUUUGCAACACCCAAAGCACCGCGCCUUGCUCAUUAGAGACGGGCCACACCCCAGCUCCGGCUGCCUUUUCUUGCUGUCGCUUUCCUGCUGCAGAUUUACCUGACGCAAGGCAGAGCUGGGGCAGGGCCGCGUGCUGCCAGGGGCUUGGUGUAAGAGGCCUCGAAGAGUUUGCUCACCAGGACUAGCUGGGCAAAUGUAUUGCUCGGCUGAAGGAGCAGUGAGGGCAGAGGUCCUUGGGGACAGCAGGGGGCUAUUUUAAAGACACCCUGUUGUGGGUUGCAAAGUGCUCACCCUGAUAGGCAGCAGUGGGUGUUGUAGCAGCCAUCUAGCGCCAUCUACGGGCACAGAGCGGAAGCACGACCUGGCCUGCCUUCUCCCCUUAGGACCAAUGCACUUUUUUCAUUCCAAGCGGGGUGUCCCAUGCCAGCCCUUUAAUUCUCUGUGCUAUAAAGCCAGCACUGUCCAGCAACCAAGAGGCUAAGAAGCUGUCUUGGGGGCUGGUCGUAGCUUAGAAUGUAAAUGUUCUUUAAAACCCCAGCUAAUGUUAGGCAGAUGUCUCCGCAUCUUUCCCAUCUCAUGGCUUGGAAACCAUGAGAGAAGGAUCCCGGCUGUGUCCUUUCUGCUGUCAGCAAGGAGAUGGAGGCACCUGAUUCUGUUCUGACCUUGUGCUGGAAGAGACACACGCGUGGUGCCUUACCCAAGCAGGAGGCUUGCGCCUGGAUGGCCGGAGAGUGUUUAUGCACAUUCACCCCCUGAGGUCAACCGGAUUUAAGCACGUGCUGGAGUGCUGGCCUAAACUCCGGAUGGUGAGUGAGUUCCAACCCAGAUCUUCAAUUAAUCUAACCCCCACCACUGCCCCGCCACUGAAUUCUAACAAGCAGCAGGACCCCAGUGGUGGGGCGGAAGGAAAUAAGCAUUUUAAAACCAGAUCUCUACCUUGCAGGGUGACAGAGCAAUUCUUAAUUUAAAAACCUAAUGCACUGGGCUAUGUCUUUAUCAGGGCUGGCUCCAGGCACCAGCGUAGCAAGCAGGUGUCUGGGGCAGCCAAUGAAUAGGGGGGCGGGCAGCAAUUCGGCAGCAGGGCCGUCACUCCCUCCCGAAGCGAAGGACCUGCCGCUGAAUUGCCGCUGAUCGCGAUUGCGGCUUUUUUUUUGUUUUUGUGUGUGUGCU